AUGAGUGGCAUCAACAUUUACACCCUGCCAUCGUUGGGCCAAGCUGCUCCCGAGGAUGCGAGCUCGAGUCUGAAACAGGAGAUUGAAGCAGGUCUCAUCGGCAAGACUGAGGCUACGAUCCCGGGCGACACGCCUGAAGACAAGUCAUGGGCAUAUACACGUAGCGUACCGACCGUCGUCCUCUAUGACGAAAUGGGUUUGAGGUUAUACGACGAUAUCACCGCUCACGCGAAAGAGUACUACCUGUUCGACGACGAGCUUGAACUGCUCAAGACUCACGGUCGUGCCAUUGCCCGGUGUAUGGGUUUCCCACGUGUUCCAAAGGAUGAACACGAUCGCCGUCACGAUCACGGCCCAUUGAAGAGGUGGAAACCUGCUCGAUGGGGUGAUACAGAAGUCGGCAAAUGGAAUGAAGGAGUGAACGGGGAAGAGGGCCUGGCAGGAGGUCCAGAAACAGGUUGGGAUAUCGUCGAGCUUGGUGCAGGUGCCCUUCGUAAAACUGGACAUUUACUCACUGCGCUCGCCUCGACCGUCCCUGACGGCGGCGAAUCAAUCACGUACCAUCCCCUCGACUUGUCUUACCGUGAACUCGAGCGCGUCCUGGGCGAGAUGAACGAAUCGUUUGGAUCUCAACUCCAAGGCAAGGUCAAUUGUAUCGGACUUCAUGGAGACUACGAAGCGGGGCUUCAAUUCAUCCGAGAUGGAAAAUUACCCUCGCUUCGACAAGACCUGGCUCUGUCCGAAUUGACCAUCACCGACGAAUCCGCUUCGGGAGGCACUUGGUCACCUAUGGAAUCGGAAGACCCUUUGCCGUCCUCCCCUCCUACUCGCUCGACGGAGUCCAAUCGACCAAGACAUUUUGUCUUUCUCGGAUCGUCGAUCGGCAAUUUUUCGCGACAAUCGGCAGGUCCUUUCCUCGCCUCGCUCCCCCUGAGACGUGGUGACACACUCUUGCUCGGCUUGGACGGUCGUCCCACGCCUGGGGCUGAUGGACGUCGAAAGCUCGAACACGCUUACAAUGACCCGGCGGGGUACACUAAAGCGUUCGAAGAGCACGGUUGGCAAGUCGUCAGGAGAGAGCUGGGCUUAAAGGGCGAUGCGGGCGUCGAGUUUGUUGGUCGAUACAACGAGAUCGAAGGCCGCCACGAGUCAUACCUCAAGUCGAGAGGCGAUCAAACGCUCCAUCUCCCCCUCUCGAACCGAGACGUCGAGCUCGCAAAAGACGAGCUGCUCCACAUUGAAUGGAGUUACAAGUAUUCCCAGGCCGAAGCCAUUGAUCUGUUUAAAAGCGCCAAUUUGCGCGUCGUCGAGUCUUGGAAAGCCCCAGAGUCUGAGUACCGACUCUUUGUGCUUGAACGACCACACGUCACGUUUAACGAUACCGAGAUGAAGUCUGAGCCCAAGAAGAUCAAGGGCGUGCCGACGUGGGAUCAAUGGGAAGGCCUGUGGAAGUUGUGGGACCACAUCACGCUUGACAUGAUUCCGCCUGAAAUGCUGCAUACCAAGCCUAUUGAUCUCAGGCAUAUCUGUCUUUUCUAUCUGGGUCACAUACCGACGUUCUUGGACAUUCACCUCACCAACAUGACCCACGGCUCACACACUGAGCCCGUGUUUUUCAAGGACAUUUUCGAACGUGGCAUCGACCCCGACGUCGAUGACCCUACCAAGAUUCACUCACACUCGGAAGUCCCCGUCGAUAAAGAAGAUUGGCCCACCCUUCAAGAGAUUCUCGCCUUCCGUGAUCGGGUCAGAGACCGACUUCACGGUGUCUAUGACCAAAUCUCCUCUGGCCAACUUGAAAUCUCUCGACACGUCGCUCGAGUUCUGUUCAUGACGUACGAACAUGAGGCUCAACAUGCGGAAACCUUGCUCUACAUGCUCAUUCAAUCGCCCACGACCCUCCCCCCGACCGCUGUCUCAACACCUGAAUGGGAUCAGCUCGCGGCAAAAUGGCAAGCCCAGGCUGUGCCCAACAAGAAGCUCACCAUACCAGCCGGAACCAUCCAGUUGGGCCAUGACGACAUUGAGAAAGAUGACUCGUCGUAUCCUCAUGCGGCUGAUUGGGAAGGCCACGAACUCGGAUGGGACAUUGAGAAUCCGUCGGUCAACCACCAGGUCGCGACCUUUGCCGUAGACGCUCUACCCAUCUCCAACUCUGAUUACCUGUCAUUCUUGACCUCAAAGACUGACCAGACCUGGAACGCCGCAUCGCUCCCCGCCAGUUGGGUCAAAGUCGACGACAGCUGGCAAGUGAGGACUCUAUACGGUCCAGUCAGCUUCCAUGUCGCUGGCUCAUGGCCUCUGAUGGCGUCAAAGAAUGAGAUUGAAGACUUUGCAAAGUGGAAAGGCGGUAGAUUGCCCACAGAGCCCGAGUUGAGGUUGUUGUGGGAGCACGAGGAAGGGCCCAGACCCGCUGGGGUCCUUGCAAACGUCGGAUUCGAACACUGGCACCCUAUCCCACCCGCAAUGACAUCCACCGACAAUGCUGGCAAGGUCCUGCAUGGCCAUAAUGGAGGUGUUUGGGAAUGGACAUCGACUCAGUUAUCAGGUCACGAAGGCUUCCAACCGUCUGACCUGUAUCCUGGCUACUCGGCCGACUUUUUCGAUGGCAAGCACUUUGUCGUGCUCGGAGGAUCAUUCGCAACUGUACCCUGUAUCGCUGCCCGUAAAUCAUUCCGAAAUUGGUAUCAGGCCAACUAUCGAUUCUCCUUCAUCGGGGGACGUGUAGCUUAUGAUGUGAAAGGACAGUAA